UCUGUUUUGUGUGGACUUGCUGUGGACAAGUGUCUUAGCCCAGUGCAAAUAGUAGCAGAUACAUUCUCUGAAUCCAUAUAGCUCAGUGUUAGCCGCGGAGCUAACAGAGUUGAUGACGAGGUAAAAAUGGCGGAUCUUUCGAAAUCCAACCCCGGCCUGAAAUAGUAACGCAGCCAGCAAACAGCUUGUCGCCUUUGCACACUCUUUGCCCCAGCCGGGACCACUUCUGAGGAUGUUUUCACACAAAUGAGUGCAGCUCAGGACAGUUUCACAUGGAGGCGUGAAAACAACCAGGGCAGUUAGCUCCGUGUGUAGAGCUGAGACUUUGCAAGCAUGGAUGUGGUGUCACCAGAGCUCAACAGCCUCCUUCCAGAUGAGAUCAUGGAUACUGAGGGCAUAGAAGACAUCCCUCACCCGCAACCUGACGGCACCACGGUCCAGUCAGGGUCCGGUGAUGACACAUCGGUCCCAAUGGAAACGGAUGCACCCAUGGCUUCAGAAAAUUUGAGUCUGUGUUCAGAUGCCGCUUCAACAGAAGGCACUCAGACUCUGACAUCAUCCACCAACGCAGACUCCACAUUCAGCAUCAGCUCCGGAAAUCAGCUUCCUAUAUCCAUUUCCAGUACAUCGUCCCCCCGUCUUAGCCUCAAACCAUCCAUGGCUACUUCCACAGCCACUACCAAAACUACAGAUAGUGUGACUGGGACAACCGUCUCUACUAGUGGCUUACAGAAGCUCACGGCGCCGUUUACCAUCUCUCCCGCAAACCAUCAGAUCAUUCUCAACAAGGUGGCUUCAUCUCAAGCCACAGAAGCAGCAAAGACUGCUGGUGCUCAAGCCCAGGUCAUCAAGCAGGAAGGACAAAAACUUUUGGUUACAGCAAUUGGAAAGUCUGGGCAACCCAUAGUGCUGCAGCUGCCCCACACAGGCAACAAGCCUGGUGUUUCACAGACUUCAGGAGACACCAAACCUCAAGCUCCACAGUUUAAAGUGGUGACUAUUGGUGGGAAGCCAGUGGUGGGCAAUGCUGGCAACCAGCUGACGACGUUACAGACCCAGCCCCUGAAGACUGUACAGAUUUCGAAGAAAACUCCAACAUCCUCAGCUGCACCAAUCAAGUUUAUCAUCACAAAAACCGUUAACAGCAAAGCUCUAAAUCCUCAGACAUCAGUGUCUCCUGUUAUUGCGGGACGGGUCCUGGCACAGAAUUCCCCGGUGAUGCCUGCGAGGACCAUAACGCUCUCUGAGCCGCACAGCACUAGCAUACAGAGCAUUCCUGGGAAAAAGAUUGCUAUUUCACCCCUUAAGACUCCCAGCAAGGUGACUGUGGUGUCUGUGGCUUCCCCGACCUCCAACGCCUCUCAGAAGUCGGUGGCGCUGCCUGUUAAUGUAGCACAGCAGAUCCUCACAGUCCAGCAGUCCACAUCGGCGUCUCCAGUCAAGGUGGCCACCAGCCAAGCCACAACACAGAAUAUUAAACCGGUGCAGUCUGUGGCCGUGGGAGGAGUCGGCACCUCGCAGUACAAGACCAUCAUCCCGCUGGCGAGCCAGCCGAACGUGCAGCAGAUUCAGGUACCAGGUAGCAGGUUUCACUACGUCCGCCUCGUCACGGCAACCACAGCUAGCAGCACGGGACAGCCCAGCGGUCCCAGCACCAGCUCUAUACAGACAGCUAAACCUAUGGUGGUGGGUACAGGAGCGGUCAGGAUGUCUGUCCCCAUCGUCCCAGCACAGACCAUCAAACAGGUGGCCCCGAAGCCCCUGACGUCGGCCGCAGUCAUGACCACCACUCAGACCCAGCAACGCCUGAUCAUGCCUGCGACUCCACUCCCCCAAAUCCAGCCCAACUUCACCAACCUCCCUCCAGGCACCGUCCUGGCGCCAGCUCCAGGUGGCGGGAACGUGGGCUAUGCAGUCGUACCAGCACAAUACGUCACUCAGCUCCAGCAGCCGCCGUUUGUCACCCUCGCCAGCAGCUCUACGUUCCCAGCAUCCACUGGUGUGCAGACUCAGGCCAGGUUGCCACUCAAUGGCUUGUCGACAGCAGAAACAACCUCCAGACCGAGGAAACCGUGCAACUGCACCAAGUCACAGUGCCUCAAACUAUACUGCGACUGCUUUGCAAACGGAGAGUUCUGCAAUAACUGCAACUGCAAUAACUGCUUCAAUAACCUGGAGCACGAAACGGAACGCCUCAAAGCUAUAAAGACGUGUCUGGACCGGAACCCAGAGGCCUUCAAACCUAAAAUCGGUAAAGGCAAAGAGGGCGAGUCGGACCGGCGACACAGCAAAGGCUGCAACUGUAAACGAUCGGGCUGCCUGAAGAACUACUGCGAGUGCUACGAGGCGAAGAUCAUGUGCUCGUCCAUUUGCAAGUGCAUCGGCUGCAAGAACUUCGAGGAGAGCCCGGAGAGGAAGACGCUGAUGCAUUUGGCCGACGCAGCAGAAGUCAGAGUACAGCAGCAGACCGCGGCGAAGACCAAGCUGUCGUCACAGAUCUCAGACCUGCUCAUGCGGACGGCGCCUGUUAUCUCCAGUGGAGGCGGGAGGUUGCCCUACACGUUUGUGACAAAGGAGGUGCUUGAAGCGACGUGCGAAUGUCUGCUGGAACAGGCCAAAAAGGCGGAACAGACUCACCAGCCUCAGGCCGAAGCAGAGAGGUUGAUCCUGGAGGAGUUCGGACACUGUCUCAUGAGGAUAAUCAGCUCCGCGGGGAAAGCCAAAGCAGACUGCGCCUCCAUCAACUGCUAGGCCCGAGCAGUCUGUCUCUCCCCGCCCUCUAACCUGCCCCGGCUGUGGGGGCCCAGAGCCGUGGAUUAUUCUGCACCGUGUCUCGGACCCCCUGGGGUUUCUCUCCUGCAGGGAAACAGGUUUACUCCCUCAUCAAAAGGCAGAACAAUGGCCUGAAUGUAGACUCCCCUGCCUUGGCCAAGCUAAGGCCAGCUGGAAUAAUAAAGCGGGAACAGGCGUUCACCGACUCUUAGCUGAGGGACAAAUGGACAGAGCAAAUCGUCUCUGAUGGACGUUUAAAACCGUUCUCGCGCUCGUUCGCCUGGCUGUGACGGACAGCAGUGAAUCUGAGCAGAGGUGGUGCUGAACAGGAAUUGAAUUGUUUCUUCACUUUAUUUUCCCUAUACAGUCCCUAACAGAUCUGCUUUUCCUCUCAGACUUCCAUUCUCCCUUUUUAUUCUCUCCCUUUUUGAGGUUUUCGAAAAAGAAAUGCCUGUAAUUUUUAUGUAAUCAUUUGUGCUUACAGUAGACAAACAGAACAUGUAUCUUUUGAUAUUUAUUUUGACAAGUAUUUGUAAUCAUUAAUUUGUGAGCGCUAAUAUUGUGUGGCUUAUAGUGCUGCAAGAUGUUAAUUAUUAACCGAGGCUAUAGGCUAAAUUGUUUCUAUGAAAAUGAGUAGAGGCAAUCUUUGGUUUUAUCCUAAAAGGUAAAAUGGAUGCAUACACACGUAAUGCAUUAUGCACACACACACACACACACACACACACACACACACAGCACUGCUCAGAAUAGUUGGAACGUGAUUGGCAGUCACACAAUUCUCCUGGUGCUGUUCUGUUUUAUUAGUCACAUGCUUACUGUACAUUAAAAAGAUCAUGAAUGGAAAA